UGUAGGAGCUCUAAACUUUGUGAAGGUCUGUAUGCAUCUGAAAUAACAGUGUUUGGGGUAGUCUUGUACAUGCUGUCUGGAGUCAUGCUGUUCUGGGCUGGAGAGUAUAAAUAACUUGAAAAUGACAGAGGCAAGAAAAGCCACAUAGCUGGAUACAUCUGGAGUGGACUGAUGCCACAGGGCUGAUGAGCACGUUUAGGGAGUUCAGUAGAUCUGCAGUGCAGUCUCCACCCUCUCUCCCUCUCUCUGCUUUGCCCCAGCAAGCUCAAAAGUCCUCUCUAACCUUUUUAAUUACCAUGUAACCCUUCCCAGUACAGCCUCUCAUUUUGCUCAGACCUUCUCCAUUACUUAAGACCCACGCCAGCAUCCCUCUCCUCUCCGGCCUCAGGACCAGUUUACUGCUGGAUUGAUCCACUUUACAGACUUCUACUGGACUGGGAAUUCACAAGUUGCCAGCAUGUCUAUCGCCAGCAAGGCCGCCCAGGCGAUGCUCUCUGAUGCCCUGCUGAGGGAUAGUAACGGGGACAAUCGCAUUCGACACCUGGAGCUGGAUUUGCCAUUGGAUAAAGUCAUCAAGUUUGUUUCUGUGGGCCUGCCACUCCUUCUGGUGUCCAUGGCCUUUGCCAGAGAGAUUUCUAUUGGCCCACAGAUUAGCUGCUUUCCUCCCAACAACUUCACAAUAAAGCAGGCAGCAUAUGUGGAUGCGUACUGCUGGGACUCUCUCGUGCACCAUGAGUUUGACACAGAUGGGAACUUAGAAGAGCGUUCUCUGUGGGUACAUAAAAUGUUUCCGUACUCCUUAUUGGUCAUGGUGAUGAUGAUGUACCUGCCGGCUCUGAUCUGGCAGAAUCUGGCUGUGCCAAGCCUGACCUCUGACCUGUUUUUCAUCAUCGACGAGCUGGACAAGUCUUACAACCGCUCGGUCCACCUGGCUCAGAGCAUCCUGGACCUAAAACAGCAAUCAGAAAACCCACUGCAGUUUCAGGCUGAGCUUGAGAGAGCCAAACGCAAGCGUUACUUUGAGUACCCCCUGUUGGAGAGAUACAUGCAGUGCAAGCAUGGUUCCUACUUCUUGGUCAGCAUGCUCUUCCUGCGAGGCUUCCUGCUCCUGACCUUCAUGUCCGCCUCGUGCCUCUACCUGAUCUACUUCCACCUCUCUGCCUUUCUACAAGACGAAUUCAGCUGCUUUGUGCGCACCGGCCUCCUCCGUGAUCAGCCCUGGGUGCCUGAGCUAGUUCAGUGUAAAAUGACCAGCCUACUUGUGUUUCAGGUCAUUAGCGUAGCUAACGGUGCUGUCUAUGUGCUGCUAGCUCCAAUUGUUCUCUUUAGCCUGCUGCGUUUGUUCUGUUGGGACACAACGUUCCUCUCCCUUUAUGAGGUGCUGCCCGGAUUGGGCCUCAUGAGCGGUCAGAAACUGGGCUGCCCUCUUAACGAUCUCAAUGUGCUGCUCCUCUUCCUGCGCGCCAAUGUAGCACAGCUGCGAUCAUACAGCCGCCUGAGGGCCGUUUGCUCUCUUGCACCUCCUCGACUGAAGGGUGCGAAGGGCGUGCUGAUGGGGGAACAGGCUGAAGAGGCGGCAGAGGCUGCCGAGGAGCUCGAGGAGGAGAUUAGAGAAGCCAGAGAGGAGGGCAAACUCAAUCUAGUAGACAUCAUGACUGUGCUGGGAGCAGCCAGAGGAAACGCAGUGAACUGUCCAGAGCAGCGCCCUCUUGUGGAACAAGACAUGACGCUUGGUACAGUCACUCUCAUCUAUAUACUUAAACGCAUCCUGCUCGCUGGCAUUUUCGUGGCUGUCAUAUGGGACGUUCAGAAAAUCAUCAAAAGGAUAUAAAUAUGACAUUUAAAUAUGAGUCUGCUUCUGAAAGCACAUAAAACAUUUUUACCAUUUACUGAAUUCCACAGAUUUUCAUUUAAAAUCAGUGAAAAAAAGUCUAAUAGACCCAAUUCAUACCACUUUUCUGGUAAUUGUUGCUAAUGCAUCUCACAAAAAUUUUACAUAUAAAACAAUGUUAUCUGUUCUAAAGGAGGCUUUACGGAAAAACUAUCCUUUAUAAGUUCUAGCAUUCGCAUUGUGCUCUUUAUUUUACAAAACAAGUUUUUCACACUUAACGUCAGGGUUAUAAACAAAGUUUUUGCCCCUAACAGCACUCUCUGUUUCUCUACAGAGCCUAACCACCAGAGGUACCAUGAGUUGAAGGAGACUACAACAUGUUGUUUUGCCUAAAGCACCAGGCAAUGGACUGAAGCAGCACUGUCAGACUCUAGAGGGCCCCAUAGAACAGAUGAACCUCUGAGAUGAAAUAAAGAUAAAAAUCCAAUAGCUAGAACUCCAAUUUCAUAGUCCAAAAUCAUAAAAAUUUCUGGAUUUAAAAGAAUACUUAUGGAUAUCUUACUCAAAUCACCUCAGGAAUACAAACGUAAAGUCUUUACAGACAAUUUGAAAAGCCUCCAAUAGUUUCAUUCCAAUCCAUUUUUUAUAUCAUUAUUUAUUCUUUUCAUUCUUAUUAUCUGAUUUUUGUGGAUUCCAUACUUCUUUGAAAACUGGUUCUUUACUUGACCUUUUGUUCCUGUUUGUAAGUAGGUAAAAUAAAAUGUGUUUAUAUUUGUGUUUUCUUUUUUCUUUUUCUUUUUUUUACUUCCACAUUACUGUAAAAGUCAUGAAAUCAAGAAAUCAUGAUUUCUGAAAAAUGCAAAGCAUUGAUAAUCAUAGGAAGUUUUUGAUUUAGUGAUAGUUCAUUAAGACCCAAGUCAGCAUAU